AUGAAUGUGUACAGUUCGCUGAAAGUGUUCAUUACACGACGCCGUGGUCGACGCUAUUUCUGUUGCUCCGGAUGUUCUUCCUCUUCACCUCAUGGAAUGGGUGAUAUUCGCAAACACAUCUUAGGUGUUCAUGCCAAGGUACCCGAAAGAUACAAGGCUGCGGCCAUGCAUUGCAGUCGUCUGAGUCGAGAGGACAACACACUAUUACCUAAUCACGUUCUUCUUCAUUUAGCCAAAAUGAAAUGGAAGGGUACUGUUAUCAAACCUCUAGCAGAAAUGGAUUUGUCCCAGUUUGGUACUCGACGUGCCUCGGCCGUUGGUCUGGCACGCCCGUCCGGACAGUUUGCUUCUCAAGUCUAUCAGCCGUCCACGCAACAUCGAGACUCCGAGAAAUUGACCGCCUUGCCUGCCACUGCUCCAAAUGCUAUCGGAAGUAAAACGCACUCGACGGGAACUCCGGCUGGUAAAUCACACGUGGUCGACUCGGACAGUUCCCCUCUACUGGAUGAUGUAUCAUCCUCUUCUCUGUUCCACGUCGAGGACUCCGUGGCUGAUGUGAGUGAUCUUUCCACUUCCGAAGAGCCCUAUGUGAUUCGUAUCAAUUUGGAUCAGUGCGGUCCGCUCAGCUCGGAGCCAGAUCCAAAUCCAACCGGAUGUCUAUAUGUGUGCUCGUUGUGUCAAUACGCUUCAGGCAAUGUGGGAGCAACACGGGCCCAUGUAGUCCGAGUUCACGUUUCGUCCGUUCCCGCGUACCAGUGUCCGCAUUGUGAUGUCACGUACAGUACACGUAGAGAGGCUAUGUCUCAUCAUCAGACAUGUCAUAGCGAACUGGAAUUCAUCAUUGGGCAUCAUCUGCCCGCACAUCGUGCUGCCAUCAGUCGGGUUCGUAUACGUGAUGUGGAUCAGGAACCGGCAGUGGUCGCAGCUAGUCUGAAGACACUUGUUCGUGAAGGCAAACUGGGACCAAACGCUCAUCAAUCGACUACCACACUGGGCAGUGCCGCGGAUUUGGAUACACUACUGGAAGAAGAUAUCGAUCUGUUCGACGACGAAGCGGAAAAUGAUGAUGACGAUUUGAACCAAUAUGGAUUGAACGCCACUCCGGCUCUGACAAAUCAUCACGAGGAGAAGGAGGAUGAACCGCGAGCAGCUAAAAAACCUCGUCUCGAUGAUACAGAUGCGGGUUCCACUGGUGGUCCAACCACUCGAAGCUUGUUCAACGGUGAAGCUGCUAAAUCACACACAUCCGACAAAUCUGGUCACAACGGUACAGUUUCCACUUCACGAGUCACUCUAAGUGGAUCUAGUCGCCGUAAACCGAGCAAAUUGCAGUUAGUCCAACUCAAACCGGCCACAGCCAGUGUGACUAACGAGCCAGAUGGGGACUCAGAUUCAUGCACGCGU